UAACGUGGACAUAAAAAGAGAGGUUCUUUUGAUUUUCGACUUCGAAACAGCAUCGGAGUCCCACUGCAGAGAUAUGCAGCUACGUUCAUCAGACUAGAUCUAUAAUUAAAAGAUCUUGGUAGUGCCAAACGCUGUAUGUGGCUCUUUGUAAACAAAUUGUUUGGUUAAUAAUCUGGAAUAUCCGAGACAAAAUGACACAUACGCACGAUAAUCAAUCUGAAUUGAUUGCUCUGGCAGAAUUAGCAGGAAUACAUUCGUCACCAGCUGUAUUUCAGGUCUUGAUGGAACUUUUGGCCCUGCAGGUGUGUCCAGAAGAUAUUUACACACUUCUCAGGCAAAUCAGCAAAGUUUCAUCUCAGAAAAUAAAAUCCGCUCCACGUUCGAAACCGGUUUAAUUUUAAAAUGUGUAAAAAUGUUCA